AUGAGUGAAGUAUUAGACGAUCCGUUCCAGAUGGACGAAGAACUACCUAGUUAUAAGGAAAAUGAUAGCGUACAUAAGGAUAUAACGCCCAGAUAUGAUGAUAAUGAGAUGAUGAACGACCCAAGUAUAAUGAAUUCUGAUAAGAGAUAUAUACGAUCUAAGCUAGACCAGCUUAAGAUAAAUGAAGAGAGUACUAAUAAUACUGGAGACGACGAGCCAACGUAUGAAGAGGAUAUCGAUGAUAAGUUUGACGGGACGUUUGAACCAAAGGAAACUCAAGAAAGCGGCGAUUUUGCGGAUGAGAUUCCUCAAUUGACUCCACCCGAAAACUUUGCACCAGUGAUUAACAAGAUAUAUCGAUCCUCGUUCCCCCAACCAUCUAAUUUUCCAUUCGUAAAGAAGCUAAAAUUGAAGUCCAUCCUCUGUCUUAUACCCGAGGACUACCCGGAGGAACACGAGCAGUUUUUGGAGAAAGAGAAUAUCAAACUCUUCCAACUCGGGAUGUCGGGGAAUAAGGAACCCUUUGUGAAGAUAUCACAUAAUCUUAUAACGGAGGCGAUAAAAAUAGUCCUCAAUCCGGCCAACCAACCGAUAUUAAUACACUGUAACAGAGGGAAGCAUCGUACCGGGUGUCUUGUAGGAGUACUACGCAGAUUACAGAAAUGGUCGCUUACAAUAAUCUUUGAUGAGUAUCGGAAAUUUGCUGCUCCCAAGGAAAGACCAAUGGACCAACAAUUCAUCGAACUCUACAAUGAAGUCGAGCUAGAAGAAUACGCCAAAGAAAACAGCCUUCUACCAAUCCCGUGGGAUUGA